CCCCGCGCUGGAGCUGAGGUUCAGCUCUGCGCGGCCAGGGGCGCGGAGCGCACCGAGAACCCUACUUUCCCGUGAGCCCGAGCCCGGCAAAUGGGCGAAUGAGGAAGACAGCCGGGACAUGGACUGCUAUCUGCGUCGCCUCAAACAGGAGCUGAUGUCCAUGAAGGAGGUGGGGGAUGGCUUACAGGAUCAGAUGAACUGUAUGAUGGGCGCACUGCAAGAACUGAAGCUCCUACAGGUGCAGACGGCACUGGAACAGCUGGAGAUCUCUGGAGACGCGCCUGCCUUCAGCUGUCCUGAGCGCUCACAGAAUCAGCCUGAGUGCCCUUGCUGGCAGGGUAGUAGACGUCCUGCUGGGCCUGCAGCCUGUCCCUCUUCCAGCCAGCCUUCUUUUGACAGCAGCCCCAAGUUUCCAUGCCAUAGGAGUGUCUGUGGGAAGGAGCUGGCUGCCCUUCCCAAGACACAGCUGCCUGAGCAUCAAAGCUGUACCCAACAGGGGAUAGAGUGGGUGGAACCAGAUGACUGGACCUCCACAUUGAUGUCACGGGGCAGAAAUCGACAGCCUCUGGUGUUGGGGGACAAUGUUUUUGCAGACCUGGUGGGCAACUGGUUAGACUUACCAGAACUGGAAAAGGGUGGGGAGAAGGGUGAGACCGGGGGACCCAAUGAACCCAAAGGAGAAAAAGGCCAUUCCAGGGAGCUGGGUCGCAAGUUUGCCCUAACAGCCAACAUUUUUAGGAAGUUCUUGCGUAGCGUGCGGCCUGACAGAGACCGGCUGCUCAAGGAGAAGCCAGGCUGGAUGACUCCCAUAGUCUCUGAGUCACGAGCAGGACGCUCUCAGAAAGUCAAGAAGAGGAGCCUUUCCAAGGGCUCUGGACGGUUCCCUUUCUCAAGCACAGGAGAGCCCAGACGCAUUGAAACCCCUGCCACAAGCAGCCCCAAGGCCUUAGAACCCUCCCGUGAGGGCUUUGACAUUAACACAGCUGUUUGGGUCUGAAUUCAAGAGCUACUCAUGAACAUAAAAGGCGCUCUUAUACUGGGCCCUGGGGAAAAAGAGAGGGCAGGGUGCUCGGUCUUCAGGCCAGAUGCGAGUUCCCAUCCUCAGAAAGGAAGGAAAGCAGAGAUCUUAGCCAGAUCUCACCAGAGCAGUGGGGUGAGGCUGUCACAGGGCAGGCUGAGCUGAGAGAAUGUAUUUAUGUGCAUGUGAGCACACGUGUGUGUGUGUGUGUGUGUGUGUGUGUGUGUGUGUGUUGUUGUUGUUGUUGUUUGAGGCUGGAUGUGACAAUAGUUGGGAGAGGCAGGAGAGGAGGCCAGGACAAGUCUGUGACAUUCCUCUAUUAUGUUCCCUAGACCUCAUUCGAAUAUUCUAUAUGAAAUGAGGCAUUGACCCCUCAGGUUUCCCAGAGUAACUCCCAAUAAAGGCCUGUCUCAGGGGCCCCCAACUAUUUUAAUGGUCUGCUUCCCUGACAAGACACUGCUACAGGCAAGGGAGUUUUGAAGGGUUGGUCUCCCAGAAUGGAGCUCCAGAAAGAGGGAAAUCCCUACUCACAGCCCUUUCUAGGACCAAGAUUCCAGCCCACAGGUGGGUGCUGGGGAAAAGACUGAGCAAGCGGAAAGGUGUGUAUUGUGUGAUGAGGAAGCCCUAGAGGCUCCCAUAUCUCCCUCAAAGUGCAGAGGAUGCAUGAUGUGCCUUCACCCACAUGCUGUCUCCUGAGUCCAAGUAGGCAUGCCCAACCAAAUGAAGCAGCAGUCUCCAAGAACACACAGCUCCCAGGAGGCAAAACACGUCAGGCCAACCUCGGGGCUACUGCUGGACCCUGGAGUCACACACUGCCUGGCCCAGCAGUGAGACCCUAGCCUGGCCCCUCCUCCCCGCCUUAAUGCUCCUGCAGGGCAGCAGAUGCACAGAUGAUCCCAGAAACAACCCCUACACAUUUAGAAAAAUUCUUGGUCCAGACCUUGUGGUCACCCAGGGAACCGGAUGUGUCAGGCCUCAUCUGUCUUUAUCACCCUGAAAGUCAAUAGAGGAUCCUCAAGAUGGGGCCGAUGCCAGGUGUGUUGUGUAGUGAGCAGACAUGCAACCCCAGGGCAGCCUAGGGCCAUAGAGGAUCCACCUCAGCCACCCUCUCCUUAGCCAGGAGAGAACAAAGUAGGCCCCUGUUCAGGUGCAGCCACCCUGGAGGAGGCCUUAGCUCCUCCCUCCCCGCAGACCCAGCUCAGCUUGAUGGGGUGUGACGACUGCAAUUAGCAGCAAGCUGCCUGUUGCCCCCAGCGCAUUAAGAGCAAAUUGGAGAAGAAAAAUAACAAGAGAAGCUCUUCUGCCUGCAGCCUGGACCCCAGGGGACCCAAGUGGAGGGACUGAGUAGGGGGAUGGGUGAUGAGGAGCUAAGAGCAGAAGGGAGGGUCACCUGCAAGUUCCCAUGAGUUAAAUGACGUUUUUUUUUUUUAAGUGAGGAAAGGGUUUUGUUUUUGACCUGUCACGUUUUUGCCAGGCAAUGUGCCCAUCUCUUUCAGACCUAGAAUGACCUGGAAUUAUUUUCCCCGAUAAAUCAACAGGGUCAAAGGGACAUGGCAUACAAGCUGCCCAUAUCAGGCUGCCAGCAAAGGAAAGCAGCUCCCAGUUUGGCUCCCUGGGCACCAGGCCUAUCUACUUUGGCCUGGAGUUUGUCAGCUGGGCUCAUGCUUUCUGGCCACGCAGGGUCCCUUUCCAUCCCCUGAAUUUCUGUCUCUGGUGAAGGAAGAGAACUGUGGCUGCCUUUGGUAGCUGCUGGGCAAUGUGUCUGGAGAAGGAACAUGUGAAAGACUCAUACCCCGAUUGCUGAAAGGUUGGCACACUCAAAAAAUGGACUAAGACUGCAUAGGAAGCCAAGUCAAGAGCAACUCAUUUGUUUUGUGGACUAGCCAUAAUUCAUAUCGUUUAAAUCAACUAACACGACAGACUCCUGCCUGGUUCAUUGUAACCGAAGGUGGGAACUCAUCGAUGGAAGAGGAACCAGUUGCUGACCUCCAAGGCUGCCAAAGAACACCAAGAAAGGUGUUCCCGGCCAGAAAAGAGUCAAUGGACCAAAGCAAAACAAUUAGGAAGUAAUUUUGGCAUCCACGAUAAUCCACAGGUUCUGGGCACCUUUGCUUUUAUUUUUCUUAUCUCCUCUUUGCUGUGCCUGGGAAAUGGUUGCCAAUUUUAUGAGAAUAGGUUCAGAGAAGUUAACCCCUUCAAGCUCACACAGUUACAAAGCUGGGAUUGAAACAGUCUGUAACUGACUUCCAAUCUUGUGUUCAUGUUACCUGGCAAACUGUCCAUCUCUGCUCCCUGCCCAGAUCAAGAAUAACAUUUGGUCCUCUGAGAUUACUCAUGUCUCUUCAUGAUUGAGAAGUAGCAUUCUCAUUUUCCUUUAGAAGAAUUCUGCCUGAGUCUGGAAGGUGCUGAUACAAUGUCCCAACUACCAUGUCAUGCUUUGGUGAAAGAUUAUGGUGACCCAGCCUCAUGUAACUUUUACUUUUCCGUCCACCCGUGGCUCCUACUGAGACAGCGAUGGAGAGUGCACUACUGAAGUAGAAUGGACUAGGAAGGCCUCUGGCCUUAGCUAGAGUGCAGGGCAACAUGUGUUGGGAGGAGAGACUGAAAGUAGACAGAGAGAAACUGACAGCUUAAUUCUGCCUCCUGGGCUCAUUUUAUGGUUAAUUAGGACAUGCAAAUGAACUGGAAGCUCAUAUAGUAUCCUUCCUGGCAUGGAGGCCUGGCCUACAUCUGGCCUAAUUUCUUGCCAGGCCUCUGGUCGCCCUAGGCAUCUUCUCGGGGCUCCACCUGCCUCUCUGUCUGUGGUCAGUCUGUGGAGAUUUUCCAACCGCAGCAUCCACUGGAACAUCCCCUCCCUGGUUGGUAGAGCCUGGCAGAUCUCUUUGUUUCCUCUUUACAGGCAUGUGGGCCUGGAACCUCUCUUUCUUCUCUCCUCCGUGCUCUUCUGUAGUUUACCAUUGGAGUGAUCUCUAACCCAAACUAAUCUUGAGGAACAGAUUCUUGGCUCAACUCUGUCUACCAUCCACACCUUCCCUCAAGAGGCUCCAUAGGAGGGGGUCCUGCCAUUCUCAAGUCACCCUAACAUUCUCUGCAGGAUAAAACCAAGAGCCCGUCUGGGGAGCUGCGGCCUGGCUGCAGCUUCCCUCCAGAAGUGACCAUUCAGUUCAUCUCAGGGGACCUCGCCAACCAGGGCAGUUAGGUGUUUGUGCCAGCACCAGGUAUUUCUAUGAGUUCCUGAUCUGGAGUCAGAUAGGAAUCAAGACCCAGGCCUGUCACUGUGAGAGUCUGUGCUUGUGGCAUGACCUGUUGAAGGCUCCUCUGCUCCUUUAUGAAGCAGGUAUGAUUGCAGGACCUCUCUCACAAUGCACCAGGGAUGGAGAGCUUUGGUCCCAACACACACCUUCCACAGAAAUGGCACUAGUCAUCCAUCUCCUGCCUAACCAUGAACUCUAACGGACAAUGCUGAAAAUAAACAG